ACAUGUAGGAAAGGUUUUACAGGGAGUUGUUGCUUGACACUCCACAUGUGAACUCACUCAGAUGGGAAGCUGUACCUUUGCAAGAUCUGUGGGAAGAUUCAGUAAAAUUUAUCAUAGAACACUUUUGUAAUAGCAACAUCUCUGUAAUUGUAUAUAAAACAUUUCUUAUAAAGAAGAGGUCACCAUAUCUUAUUGUAAUGAAGUAGUACAUCAUCAACAAUGUCAUCAAGUUUUGUUAAAUUAACCUGCUUUUCUUCCCUUUAUGUUACUUUAUCACUCAUUUCUGUUAGCUCUAAAACAAUUGUAAUCUCCCAAAUCUUUGUAGCACAGUGAGUUCAUAGUUCCUACAAAUAUUUGACCUGUUAAAUUAAUUUAUUUGACUAUUUAGUUAUGGAGAAUAUUUGAUAUAAUCAUAGUGAGGGGGCAAAUGUAAUCCUCCAAGGUCGCAAAGCGAGAAUAUUGGAAACUAACUCAACAGUAUUUAAACAGCCUACAUUAAAUACAUUUGCGCAUUCAUUGCUUGUUUAUUUAUAAGCCACAAAUGAUACUAAGGUAACUCGGUUCAGCCUUUGCCUGGUUACAGCACUGACGCUGGUGUUAAAAGCAUGUCCUGUAAAAAUGCCAAUAUUUGUAAGCGGAACAAAAGAAAAACGCAUUUCACUGUCGGAAGUUAACAGUGUAACGUCAAGCGGAAGUAAACAGAAGACAGGCGCCAUUCACGUUGCAUCCAUGGUUAGCGCAUGGAUUCGAGUUAGGAGGUUAGUCCAUCGGUAAAACUUCGAGUCUCCUCGAUUAAUUAAGCAACAAUGGCCUCGGUUGACUAUUUGAGAGAGUUUGUCAACGAGCGACUAACUGCUGCUGCUGAAGAAAUAUUCGGAGUUUUUAAAAAAACGAUCGUCGAGUACGAGGAAGAGAUCGGUCGUCAGCGCAGACUGCUGGAUGUCGUUCGGAAACCUGAAAUAAAGUUACAGAUAAUAGAGCUCCCACAGCAACAUAUCUCUAAGGAGGAAGAGGAGGUUCCCGCUGAGCAGCAGCUCUGUAUUCAGGAGAGGAGCUCCAGUCUGAACCAAGAGGAGCCAGAGCCUCCACAGAUUAAAGAGGAACAGGAGGAACUCUGCACCAGUCAGGAGGAACACAGCUCAAUUGACUCAAAUUCAGGAGCUGUUGCCUCCCUUGUCUUAUCACUGAACUCCUGGAGCAGCCUGAACAUCCCAUCCCCGAGUACUCAAAGCACCCCAGAAAUGUCUGUAACCGCUCUCCCCAACAGACCGUGGUAUACCAACUUCAGAGUCGACUGGGAUAGGAUGCCAACAGGGAUCAGAACAGCAGCACUCAGUCUCACGAGACCAUCGCCGCCUGACAGAAGAGAGAUGGUGAAGGCUGUGGUGGAUCAGAUGCGUGAGCAUGAUCUCAAUCCAUCCAGAGCUGUUUGCCACAACAUUGUUCGGAACAUCAUUAGAGAGUAUCCAAGAAGUUUUGCUGACGUUGAUCGAAAUGGAGAGUUUGUGGGAGAUGGCUGUAGCUCACUCCUCUUGCAAAUAAAAACAAGAGUGGAGUAUAAGAACCGCAACAACCCACUUUCACGGCGCAGACGAAAGAGAAGGUCCGACUCUGAGGGACGAACCCUGUCAAGAGGCCCAGUGGACCAGUAUGGCUGUGUCAGGUGGGAACCUUCAGACCUCCCGUCGGGGGAAACGGAGGCAACACUUGAGGAUGUAAGGAGGCAAAUGGUAACCAUCCAUUCAGAGGAGGGAAUGGCCGGGGCAGAAAGAGCAGUGAAGUUGCUUGAGAAAACAUACACAAUACAACGGCGAUACCUUAACAUGACCCCUCCACCCGCCAUAUCGGAUGUGAAAAAACAAUGGCCUUUUCUAUUUGCUCAGAGAGGCAUGUUUUCCCACUUCCUUCACCUGACAGACAUCUCCGUCGUUGCCAAGCUAACAGAGGCUAUGGAGCGAAAAGGCGAUACAAUCCUAAAGCUCUGUCAUAAACUCAACAAGAACCCAGGGGUUGAAGAGGUCCUUGCCAACUAUGAACCUAACACGGCCGAAGACAAGGCUGUGUGCAUAAUACUUCUCCUGCUCGCUUACUUUAAAGAAGCAAGGGAUGCGAUUAUCCUUCAGGCCGACCCGUUUUCCACAGCUGCCAAUAUCCAGAGGACCCUCACCUUACCCAGCACCCCUCGCUUGAUUGUAUCAGGGGAGGUAAUGAAGCCGAGAGCCUGGAUGCUUUCAAUUGAAGGACAAGUGGUAAUGGGACCCCAUGCUAACUUUAUCAAUGGGAUUGCUGCUGUCUUCGCAAGUUACUACAACUUCAACUUACAGUAUCCUGAGGAGGCCGCAUGCACCCUAGAGUUUAUCCAAAGAUGUUUUUUGGGCAUAAAUCCGGAGAAUGGCUCCAAGGCGGAGAAGGCGCGUGGAGGUAUCAAUCCACACGUAUGCACCCUCAUGAGGAAAUUAAUGGACCUUGAGUGGAUGUCCAUGUAGGCUUUUUUUAAAAACCUUUGACACAAAGGCCUCUUCUUAGGUGAUUUUGGGGCAUAGCUUGUGACGGCAUUAGAUUAGCAUAACUCUACCUUGUUUGUUAAGGUAAGACUCUUGUGGUUUCAAUGGCCCUCAUUUAUCAACCUAACGUAGAAACCAGCGCACAUAUGAGCGCAGAAAUCAGCUUACGACGUCGGACUUCGGAGCGUAAGAAUGGUCGUACAUUGAUAGGUGCAGCGGUAGGAAAUGAUCGUCAUUUAAAUAUCACGCUCCAAUAUAUUCUCGGUUUUGAGGCCUCGCCCCUACAAUUUACGACAUGGCGAGGCGCAAUCCGGCUAAGAAGCGUGAAAAGCCUGAUAUUAAACUGGUAUUAAAGGCUGUAGAAAGAAUGUGGAAUUGAAAGAGAUCACUGAUGCAGUCAACAGUGUUGUCGUGGUAAAUCGGACUCCAGCUGAAGUUUAUUUAAUUUAGGCCUUGUUUACACGUACAUGGUUAUUUUGAAAACCGGAGACAUUUCCCUUCGUUUGUGCCCUUCGUUUACAUGCAAACGGAGAAUUCACCUCUGAAAACGAGUCUUUCUAAAAACUCUGGCCAGAGUGGAUAUUUUUGAGAUCUUCGUUACCUGCAGGUUACACUGCCACCUACAGGUUUGGCAUGCUCUUGACGGCAUUAACGGCAUAUAUACACGGGUACAUGUAAACGGAACACUUUUCUGAAAACUGACAGCUGUGCACGAUGUUAUUUUUUAAAACUGAGAGGUCCGUUUAUGAAAAUAGAUUAUAGAUUAUACAUCCUUGACAUAUGUAUGCUACAGUCCUAAUAGUAAUAUACUGGCUUAUAUUGCAAUCUUUUUGGCCUACUUGGUGUAUCUAUAUUUAAAUAAACACACAGUAGCGGAGUUUAUGCAGUGUCUUUUAUUUUACUCGUGUUUUUUUCAUGAGUCAGAGCCAGCUAACCGUGAGCUGUGAGGAAGAGCGUAUGUCCUCCGCCCCCCCUUGCUGGACCACCACCCAGACUCUGUCUCCUGACAGCAGAGGGGCUGGAAAAACAAGCCGAAAUAUGUCGGUCAAUGGUAGUUCACUUGUGGCCAUUAACGACACUUUAAAAGAGAAACGAUAAUACAUACAAAUGUUGUGCAUCGUCAUGUUUCCUGUAUUGAAUACCAUUGCCAAACAUAACACUAUACCUUUUAAAAGCGAGGAAUAGUAUCCUGUCGCCUUCGUAUAACCCCCAGUUGGGGCUGUGCUGGACACUGGUCUCUGGGCAUCGGGUCAUCUGGUCCAUCACCAUCUUUACUUUUGCAGGCUGAGUGAUGCUUUGUGUAUGGACACAACAGUACCGGUAGGAAAUAGUCCAAGCACAAUGUAAAGGAUUGAGCGUUAACUUGAUUUCAUGAUUACAACAUAAGCACAGAAACUAGCUCUACUAGUUAGUCCUAGCCUUCUGUAUGCUCUGGUUACACUUUUGUUUAGCCAGAACCUGGGCCAGUUUCUUAGUUAGUUUUGUGGCUCGGGGUUGGCUAUGAAUGACAGCAUGGAUUCAGCUGAGCGAGGACCAAUCAAAUGCAUAAUCAGUGAGGCCUGGACGUAAUAAAUUCCAAAUUACCCUUUACUUACUCUUUAAUUCCAGUAGAACACGAUUGAUUGAUUGAUUGAUUGAUUGAUUGAUUGAUAUGCAUAUCAAAUCAAGCAAACACUAUGGCUUUUUAUUUGAUUUUCAUAUGAAUGGGAUUGUAUAGUCUACAGUGGACUCUCCAUUCAAAUGCUCAAACACACUAUUGAAUACGUUGGUAACCUUUGGGUGGCAUUUACGUCCAGACCCUGAGAUUUCAAAGAAAAUGUAAAUCAUCACUCUCCCAUUAGGGGUGAGAGUCACCCGAGCCUUCACCAUUUCAUGCGAUAACGAUUAGCUAUAGCCAUAUAGCCAUAUUGUUUCUGCGGGAUGAGAACAUAGCAAUAUGAUCCCCAGCGGUGAAUAUUUUAGUCAAAUAGAAAUACCAAGGUUGUAGAGAGUUUUGUGAAAAAGAUGUAUGUGUUCCACAAAGAGAAUAUUAUACUGUAUACAAAUUGCACUACUGACACCCAUGUCACACAUAUGUUCCCACAGAGUUAAAACAUUAAGUAACUUUUUCAUUGUUACUUUCCAAAAUGCUAAACAUAUGUUUAUUUGUAUGUUAUAAUACAUACUUUAUAUUGGUGCUACGAUUUCAUGUAUUUUUCAUGGAAUUCUUUUUCCUAUAUACAUUUUUAAAGAAAUUGUCUUUGAAUGUAUGUAUUGUCAAUUUACAAUAAAGAUGAUAAAUUACAA